CUGGACGCAAGUUAAGAUUGUCGCAUGCUUUCACCGCCCCCCUCGUCUUCUCCGAAAGCAAGUUGCCUCGUUCGCGCUCAUCGAUAUGGGUCUCGCCCGCGCCGUGACAUAGCGGCCAGGAGCAACAGCAUGAUUCAAAAGGAGACAAGCCAGUGAACGAGAUUCAUCUUGUAGCGUGACGCACGCCAUGGCGCCGAUCCAACAGCAGCAGCAGCAGCAGCAGCAGCAACAGUCGUCGUAUCCUUCCUAUUCGGAUGCGCCGAUCAACCGUGUCGCCUUUCCCGUCCCACAGCAGCAAAACACUCAGUACCAGCCUGGCAGUCGCGGGGGCAGCAGCUCACCGAAUGCGUCGCGGCCGGAAGUGGGGCGCGGCGAUGCGGCACUGCCCUCGGGGCCGAUGAGGAGAACGUCGGAUGAGGCAAACACCAGCAUCAGCAGAGGAUGGUUCGGAAGCGGACGACAUCGCACCUCGAGCUCCAUAUCUGUGCCCCUCGGCAGCAAUAUCACACAGGCUCAAUUGCAGCAGCAGCAACAGCACCAGCAUCAACAGCACCAACAACAUCAGCGGCCUACUGAUGGAUCUGGUAGGCCAGCGCCUUCGGGGACGCAGCGGCCGCCAUCGCAAGCCUUUGUGAAUCCGUAUGCUUCCCCGACGAUCGGCACCGGGCCUGCCAACCCUUUGUACCAGGGCAAUGGACCACCAUCGCCUCACCAGACCAGGCCUCCGCCGCUGCAGCACCACUACUCUGCCCCUAGUCCUACUCUUGCUCAGCUUCAGCACCAGCAGCAAUACCCACCGCAUUCAGUCGCUUAUUCUCAAAGACCAUUGCAACAGCAGCAGCAUCAGCACCCUCAACAGUACCAGCAGCACCAGCAGCAUCAACAUCCUCAGCAGCACCAGCAGCACCAGCAGCCAUAUAUGCAAGCACCCCAGCUCCACCAGUUGCCGUCGCCUUCGGCAGGACCUUCCGGAUUCCCAAAUCCACAUCAGAGCGGGCAUCAACCGGGGCCUCGACCCGAGCACGGAGCGGGGACGAGUACCGAGGCGCACGACGCAGCGACCUGCUCGGGAUGCCAGGCCGAGCUCGAGGCGGCACUCAAGGCUUCCCAGGCUAGCGCGCAAGAGGAGGAUGAGCGACGGAGACGGCAACGCGAGGAAGAUGAGGCGCACCUCAAGGCAGUCCAGGAGUCCGAGGAGGAGGAGAACUCACGCAGGGAAGCAGAAGAAGAGGAAAUCUUGCGCCAAGUGAUGGAGGCUAGUCGGAGGGACGAAGAGGCAGCGCAGGUCAAGCGCCUGGAGCAGGAGCGGUACGAAGAAGAGCAGCGCAGGCUCAUGCUCGAGGAAAGCCGGCUGGAGGCAAUUCGAAAGGAGCAGGCCGAGCGGCAGCAGGAGGAGCAGCUCAUGGCGGCGAGCCGAAGAGAGGCUGAAGCCAGCCAGCAGAGGCGCGAGCAAGAAGAACGUCGGGCUCGGGAGGAAGAAGAGGCCGUCCUGGCCGAGAGCAGGCGACAGAUGGAGGAAGAGUGGCGGAGAAGAGACGAGGAGGAGAGGGCCAUGGAAGCCUUUGCAAAGUUUCGCGGCGAGCUCAACGAGAGUGCCUACUGGAGAAGCCAGAUUGACGACGACGCAUUCAAGCAGCUUUCCUUGGACAUGGAGCAGCAGGCUUCGGUGAGACAGUCGGACUCGGCUGUUCUGGCGAGCGAGUCCGGCCACUCUCGACACGCCUCUUCUUCUCGCCAUCGAGCACUCCCCCCCACGCCUGGGCUGGCGGCUCAGGCCGCAGGCAUCGAACCGGUACGAAGACCCUUUGAGAGUCGAAGUGCGUCUACGACGCGCGAGGCUGGCAGGCAUCCUGUCGCGUUUGCUCACCUUCCCAUCGUCGCUGAGAGCGAGGCGUCCCGCAUUUCUGCGCAUGAGCCUGUCUCUUGGAGGAGGGGAGACAGAGAAAGUCAAUCAGCCGCAGACGCUGGCGAUAUCGAAGACGGCUCUUACGACGAUGACCUCGAUGAUGACGACGACGACGACGAUCCCUUCGCUGACUCGGCGGAGGCACCACCCACCUACGAAGAAGCAGGCGUCGACCGACCUCCCGAAGCCCCAGACACGAUCCCCGACCAUGUCCGGUUUGAUGCUCCUCCGAGGGACAGCGGCAUGCAGUCAACCAUCAGCGAUCCCAGUCUUCGCUUCUCUCCCGAGAAGUCAGCCCCCUCUGUCUCUUCUUCGACUUCCAUGGCACCAAAUGGGCGAUCGUUGCCAGCUCCACCGACAGCCUUGGCACGCAGUGGCAGUGGCGCUUCUGGCUCGGGCUCCGGCUCAGACCCAAAUGCGUCGCGUCAACAGGGCACGGUGGCGCCCACCAUCUCGCAGCAACCCCUCCCGCAAUCCGUCGCUCCGCCCUUGCUCGCAGCGAGAGCCAACAGUAGCCGCAGUACUACGACUGCUGAGCAAGCUAGAGCCUCGAUGGACGGGCGUACCACCAGUAUUCAGGGCGAGGAUGUCUCUGCACGACCUGCAGGCAGCCCGUUAGAGGGUCGUAGAGCGGUCAAUCCACUUCUUGACGCUAUUCCUCAAGAUCGCAGGGGUGGCGCUCCCUCGCUGACUCCCUCUUUAGAGUCUCAGGAUCUGCGAGCUUCGGCCUCCACCUCGAUGGACACGCCGGAGAGAGCCUCGUCUCUCAGUAGAAAGGUGGAGGAGGAACAUACUACAACCACGAUCAGCACGGCACACUCAAAUGACACCGUUUCGGAAUCACGACCGUCAAUGUCCUCAGGGAACAGGGUCUCGACUUCUUCCGAGAGCAGGCCGUCGAUGGACCGGCCAUCGGUUUCGCCUUCGGCCGGAUCAUCCUCUGCUCCGACGACGGUACACGAGCUGCAACAGACGGCCAUGAAGGGCACCGACUUUGGCUACUGCGCCGAGCCUUUUGCUCCGGACUUGCUAGCCAGCUCGGGAGAGCAGCUGUCGGAGACCGACUCAAAGCGUGCAAAAGAGCGGUUCCCCAACGUCAUCCAGCUCACGCGAACACCGUCGGACGGAUCGGGAUUGCUGAAAGGGAAAUGCACGAGCGCAUACUUUGUCAUUCGCGCCCCCUCGUGGAAAAGUCUGCUGAGGGCCAUGGCAUGGUACGGCAACACGAGGAUCGAGGCGGGGCCAGAAGAGGUGGCUGAUCGGCAGACCCUUCGGCUCAAUGUCGAAGUGGAAUUCGUUACGCCGAGCAAGACGGACUACUCCAGCACAGUCGUUGUUGGUGGUGCCGGCCGGGCUGCGCAUGUCGCCAUCUGUAUCUCUUUGAUGGAUCCCAAGCCUGCUCCGACGCUGACUGGUGUCAUCAAGGGCCAGUCCAGAGGCCUUGACUCGUCUUACCUAAGAAGGGGCUCAGCCAGACGUGUGAUUCACGUGCCCCGACAGUCACCGGCGCUUCCGAUGGGCAUGGUCAAGCUAGCUCAGCACCUUCACGCUGCACAUACCUUCAGCGCCGCCUGCCCUUCCUCGAGCUCAACAGCCUUGCAUAGUCCCCGCGACCUGCACCAUGCCGUCGAGCGACACGAUGUAGGGUACGUCGCAAAGGUGCGCAAGGCUGCUGCAAAGAAUCGGACGACGGCGGCUGUUGCCAGCGGUGUGCCAACACCUGGCUCAAACGAGCAAAGCGCCGAGGACUCAAAUACAGGCCGAAGCAGCCGACUUCUGGCGUCCAAUAUGGGAUUUGGCCCUCGAGGAAGCAGGGACUCAACGUAUAAUCACAGCACAGCCGUCGGGACUGGUGGAGACGAAGACGUUGAUCCUGAGGAUAUCGACGCGGAUGGUGUAGAAAUUUUUGCUGGGGUAGGCGAAGAAGAGGCGGAGCGCAGCGGGUUCGGCAGGAUGAAAGACCGCAUGAAGAGAAGGCUGGGCAAGAGGGCUGGCGAUGGCAACGUCGUCGACGAAGACCUCGAGAGUUGGAUCACGCCGUUCGACAUGACACAGCAUGGCUGA